AAGGUUAGAAAAUCUGUGGCUUCCUUUACUGGUGUCAGGUCAUGGAACGAUCUUGGCUUCAGGAAGGACUUAAAAAAGGUUAGAAAAUCUGUGGCUUCCUUUACUGGUGUCAGGUCAUGGGAAGGACUUAAAGUAGGUCAACUUGUUGUCCCUUUGGCAAGAAGUUUCAAUUACGCAACCAUGGAUCUUGAAUCUGGGAGUCAUCACAUGAAAUCAGAAUUAGAAAUCACAAAGGGUUCGUCCCACUCCCGUUCACUUCCGCCGCUCUCGCCCCACCGGCGUCCCUCUCUCGCCGCUCUCGUCGGCGGAGGUUACUCAGUGGAUUGUUUGUGGUCAGCUACUGAAUAUUUAUUAAUUGUUGUUGCCUUCAGCUCACAGCUUGAAGAGCACAAGGACACAAGGAGGCACCUUCAGUGCUUUAUAACUUUUGGAAGCCAUCUGCUGAUAGAGGGUCUUCUCUUUGUUGUGAUUCUUUUUCUUCUAACCCAGAAGAGUUACAAGCCGCCUAAAAGACCUCUGACAGAGAAGGAAGUAGAUGAGUUAUGUGAUGAAUGGGUCCCAGAACCCCUCAUUCCUCCUAUCACUGAUGAGAUGAAGUAUGAACCUCCAGUAUUGGAAAGUGCUGCUGGACCUCAUACUGUAAUCAACGGGAAAGAUGUUGUAAACUUCACAUGUGCAGACUACCUUGGUCUUCUGGGGAAUGAGAAGCUACAGGAUUCAUGUACUAAAUCUCUGGAGAAAUAUGGUGUUGGCUCCUGUGGUCCUCGUGGAUUCUACGGGACAAUUGAUGUACACCUUGAUUGUGAGGCCAGGAUCGCAAAGUUUCUUGGAACUCCUGAUUCUAUACUUUAUUCCUAUGGACUUUCGACAAUGUUCAGUAUCAUUCCAGCAUUUUGUAAGAAGGGCGAUGUCGUAGUUGUUGAUGAGGGUGUCCACUGGGGAAUACAAAAUGGCCUUUAUCUCUCCAGGAGUACAAUUAUUUAUUUCAAACACAAUGACAUGAAGUCUUUAGAAAGUAUCCUGGAAAAUGUUACCCACGCCAACAAACGAACUAAGAAGCUCAGGCGUUAUAUUGUUGUAGAAGCUGUUUAUCAGAAUUCUGGCCAAAUUGCUCCACUGGAUGAGAUCAUCAAAUUGAAAGAGAAAUAUCUUUUUCGUGUGAUACUUGAUGAAAGUAAUUCAAUUGGAGUUCUUGGGAGGUCUGGUAGAGGCCUAACUGAACAUUUCAAAGUUCCAAUCGACAAGGUGGAUAUUGUGACUGCUGCAAUGGGACACGCAUUAGCCACUGAAGGAGGAUUUUGCACUGGGAGUAAUCGAGUGAUCGAUCACCAGCGUCUCAGUAGUUCCGGUUAUGUGUUCUCUGCUUCUUUGCCUCCUUAUCUGGCAAGUGCUGCAAUCACUGCUAUUGACGUGUUGCAAGAAAAUCCAAAUCUCAUCACAAAGUUGAAGGAGAAUGUUACUGCUCUGCGUAAAGGUUUAUCUGAUGUACAGGGCCUUGAGAUAGUCAGUGAUUCAGAAUCACCAAUGGUUUUCCUGAGACUCAAGAAGUCCACAGGAUCCUUGAAGGGUGAUCUUCGAGUGCUUCAAGAUGUUGCAAAUCAUUUACUGAAAGAACACUCGGUUUUUGUUGCAACUACCAAAAGGUCUACGGUGGACAAAUGCAAGUUGCCUGUCGGGAUCAGAUUAUGUGUGUCUGCUGCCCAUACAGAAACCGAUCUGCAGAAAGCAUGCGAUUCUUUGAAAAGAACCACUGCCCUUUUAUUGACCGGUCAAUAACUCAAGUCAUUUGAUGUUGAUACAUGACUUCAAAGCGACCUACGAGCAUGUUUUUACUUCAUGAAUAGGCUAGAGAAUAGUAUGGGGCUUUCAUUUGUGUUCUGGUCUGCUGUUGUGGAGCAAGUUUGGCUUAAAUCAUCCUGUAUUUAUUAUUAUUUUUUUUUUUUUUCAGAGUGGUUUUUGUAUUUGUAGUUAUUGUUUUGUACUAAAAAGAGAUUAUGGAUCAUGAGACAGGUCCUUGUUAUGUAGUUCAACCUCGUAUGGAAGAAAAUAAUAUUUUAUCCUGCUGGACGUAUGGUUAGGUUGUUGUUUUACUUACCCACUUGUAGAAAAUUUCAUUCAACGGGUGACUUUACGAGUUAUUCUACAGUUUCUACCAUAGGUUCAGAAAAGAUAGAUGCCCCUCAAGCAUCGAAUAUUUUUAUGGAACGUUUCAAUCUAUUUGGAUGGCCAAUUGGCCAGUACUAGUUC